GCGGCCCCCACCACCCCCCAACCACUGCGAAGAGCCCAAGACCGACUUCUACGGCCACGACCUCGCCCGCAAGGCCGCACUGACUUCGCGCCAGUGCCAAAGCCACUGCGCACAAGCCGAGGCCUGCGAGGGCUACACCUUUUUGCCGCGCCAGCGGGUCUGCCUCUUGAAGUGGCUGCUGCUGCCCCGCGCCGUGCCCGAGUACGUCAGCGGACCCAGGUGCUGCCACCCAGAAAGCCAGCAGCAGCAGCAGCAGCAGCAGCAGCAGCAGCAGCAGAAGCAGAAGCAGCAGCAACUGGAUGAGGGGAGCGAGGGACCGCUUCAGCAGCUUCGCAAGGCAGCUGAAGUUCCGUCCGAGCCCGGGCCAGCAGCCACAACAGCCAGCCGCGCAGACACGGCCAGAAGUGAAAGCAGCAGCAGCAGCAGCAGCAGCAGCUCUAACGAUUGCCCCCCUGAGCGCCCCCUACUGUGCCUGUGGCCCGGCAAGGCCCUGCUGGAGCACGACUUGGGGGCCCCCAUAGAGGACUGCAGCAGCGCAGCAGCCUGUCAGUCUCACUGCGACAAAAACCUCCACUGCAGCGUUUGGGUCUACAGGGGGGCCCCACACCACACGUGUCAGCUGAAGCUGCUGCCUGCUGCUGCUGCGGGGUCGCUCGCUGCUAUGGGGGCCUCUCCCCCUGCUGAGACGGCGCUUGCUGCUGUUGCCGCGGCAGCAGCCACUCCCAGCGCCGGCUUUGCUGCAGCAGCUGCUGCAGCAGCAGCAGCAGACAAAGAAAGCCCCCAAGAAAGGCUCCUAAGGAGGCAGCGGACCCGCGAGGAAAUCGAAAGACACGGGCAGCUCGUGCCCUUUGCCCAGGCCAUUACGGGGCUGCCAGAUUGCCCCUUAAGGGGAGAUGCAGCUGCAGAAUCUCGGGGCCGCAGGCGCGCACUACUGCUGCUGCAGCGCAGCAUGCAGGGGAAGCUGAAGAGGCAGCAAAGGGCAGCAGAACGCGUCCGAGAGAAGCAAGAAAGAGCCCAACUGCGCAGGCAACAGAGACUCACGGGCAAGCAACUGAGGCUCCGCAAACAGCAGCAGCAGCAGCUGAAACAGCAGCAGCUUAGUGCGCCACACCAGAAACACCAGGGCGACAGUGCAGAAGCAACGCCUGCAACGCCGCUGCAGCAGCAAGAAGCCAGCCAGCAGCAGCUUCCCCAGUCAAGCCAACGCUCACACCUAGAGGACCAGCAGCAGAAGCAGCAGCAGGAGCAGCAGCAGGAGCAGAAAGACCUGCAGCAGCAUGAACAAGAUCAACGGCAGGAACAGCAAAGAGAGCAGCAUUCACUGCAGCAUGAGCAGCUGCAAGAGGAGCAGCCUCAAAAAGAGCAACAGCAGCAGCACAGGCAGCUCCCCAGCCUCUUCCAGUCCUUCGAAAAAGUGGGAGAGAUGCUUCCUUCUCUGGGGGCGCUGCUGCAGCCGCUGCAGCCGUUGAAACCGCUGCAGCCGCUGCAGCCGCUGCAGCCGUUGAAACCGCUGCAGCAAAUGCAGCCAAUGCAGCCAAUGCAGCCACUGCAGCCAAUGCAGCCAA